UAUUGUUUUUUCCCCUUAAAUUUUUUAAAAAUUCUUUUUAACUAUUAAAUUGUUUUUAUGCCAGCCCACAAGUUUCUGUUUCACUUACCCUUCCAAUUCUCCCCACUGGGGCAGGGGGGAGAAUGAUCAAGUGGCUGUGUGGUGCUUAACCUGGCUAGGUUAAACCACAACAAAUUGUUUAAAUUAUCUGUUGUUUUCUGCCUCAAGGAAAAGCACAGUGGAGUGACGAGAAUUUUUAAGCCUACUGCAUGUAUUUUAUUUCUUUUUUUAAUUAUUUUUUUUUUAGAUUCUCUCCAGUCAUCCCCCCCUCCACCGUGCUGGUGAUGUGUAUUUUAUUAGUGUGAGAGCAGACCUUUCACUGUUUGAAUUCCUUGGCACAGCGAACUGGGAAAUAGAACGUGUCAGAUGCCAUGUAGCACCUGAGGAGUGCAUACCUCAAUUUCCUUCCCGAUUUAUUUCUAUUUUAACUUUAACGUGUACAGAAGUGAUCGACUGCCGCUUUUUCAGCUCUCUGGGACUUGAACAGAGCGAGCGCAGCGUCCGUCAGACCUGACAUUUGUUGCUUUUCUCCUUCAAGUUUUCUGGGCUCCCCUCAGAUCUAAGGUACCAGGUGCUGCUUGAGUGAUCCACUAGUGUGAAAAAAGCUGCAGGGUUACCUGCAGCUCUGCUCACAUUCGUUCUUUUCUUUUUGUGAUGUAGGGAAGGAGAACUGAGGCAUGCUGUAUAAGACAAACAGUAUGAUGGAUUCAGAAGGUUCUGCCCCAACGAAUUCAAAGGAACAUCUAAGCAAUGACCUAACAGCUACCUCUGGCAAACAUUAUCUUUGUGGCUACUGUGCGGCCUUCACAAAUAUCGCCGUCACCUUUCCUAUCCAGAAGGUCCUCUUUCGGCAGCAGCUGUACGGUCUGAAGACAAAGGAUGCGGUGCUGCAGCUGCAGAAGGAUGGAAUUAGAAACCUCUACCGGGGCAUCCUUCCUCCGCUAAUGCAGAAAACGACAACACUGGCUCUGAUGUUCGGCUUGUACGAGGAUUUCUCCUCGCUGCUCCACAGCCACACAAGUGCCCCCGAGCUCCUCACCCGCAGCAUGGCCGCUGUGCUGGCGGGGACCACGGAGGCUGUUCUCACGCCUUUCGAGCGAGUUCAGACUCUGCUUCAGGACUACAAACACCACGAUAGAUUUACAAACACUUACCAGGCUUUCAAGGUACUGAAAGUCUAUGGGAUGAGAGAGUAUUAUCGGGGUUUGGUGCCAAUUCUGCUCCGGAAUGGACCCAGUAACGCGCUCUUCUUUGGCCUGCGGGGGCCCAUCAAACAGUGUCUGCCUGAGGCCACGUCCUACAGCGCUCACCUGGUUAACGACUUCAUCUGCGGAGGGCUGCUGGGCGCCAUGCUGGGCUUCUUGUUUUUCCCAGUGAAUGUUGUAAAAACUCGCAUGCAGGCUCAAAUUGGUGGUGAAUUCCAGUCCUUCUCAGAAGUUUUUGUGAAGAUCUGGCUGGAACGUGAUAGGAAAUUGAUCCACCUUUUCAGAGGAGCCCAUCUGAAUUACCACCGUUCUGUCCUGUCCUGGGGCAUAAUCAAUGCAACCUAUGAGUUCUUGCUCAAGCUGUUGUGAAAACUACCCUCUUCCUUCAGCUCUGCUGCCCAUUUGGGUGUCGACACAUAUGAUGUCACUUAGUCCCAGGGAGCAGUGCCUGCGUAGUCUGUAAGGUAAUUAGUCCUGGCAUUCAAUAUUUAUGGGAUGAGUGGUGAUGCAUCUAAAACUUGGUGCAAUUAAAAUGAACUUUUUGAAGUAUUUAUUUGCUGGCAGGUGAGUUUACCCAUAAUGGAGCUACUAGACAAAUACAAGGGUUAAAAAAAAGAAAAGACUUCUAUUAGUCCAGCAGCUUAGUCUCUAUCACUCCCCAAAUUUCUUAAUGCUCUGUGAUGGAACGUGCUCCACUGUCCACGUUGUUGAGCAUGAAAAUCAAGGAGGGGCUGAUGAAAAUUGAUUCCUUUGCCCGAUAAACUUCAAAGUCUCAAUUUAAGAACUACAUUUUCCAAUGUUUUAGAGUCCGAAGUACUCCUUACUGUUUAAAGCUAAAAGGACAGAUCCACAUGAGGAUGACUGAAGUUUAGAACUUCAAGCUUAAGCUAAGCCUACGCAAACUCUUCUGCCAGCCGUUUCCAUGCUUGGCUUUAAGAUGAACAUUUGUUCAGUGGUGUAAGGACGGUUACCGAGCAUUCACCUUCCUGCUGGCUGCUGCUGCUCCAGGUGGGAUCUGUGUGUGUACGUGUGCCUUCACCUGAAAAGGGAAAAGUGGGAGGAAUGAAACAGCAAAUUUACUAAAGCUUUAAAGUGUCCUUCCUUGUUAAAAAUCCUUCUGCUUGUAAACAUGGCGUUGGUUCUGGGUUUUUUUGGCUUUUUGCAUUGCUGCUUUUUCUGUUGCUUACAGCUGUGAGACCCGAGAGACAAUGGCCCUUUCCCUAGCACUCAGGAAAUAGUUCAGCUUCCUGCAGGUCUGAGAGCAGCUCACAGACAGCUCUUUUGUGCCAAGCUGUCCUAUGUUUUGCAAGUUACUCCUGUUUCAUUUGGGCUGUGGAAUAAUGGAUCACAACAAGAUACUUUUGCCUGCGUUUUGCCUGCUUGAUGUGUACUCUCAGCAGUUCAGCCAGAACCGUGCAUUGCACUGGCAGGGGAUUCUGGGCAUCGGUCCCUGAGCACAGCGGAGAUGACAGCCAAAGAUAACCUGAGCAGCUGCUGAAGGCAGGACACAGGCGCUGUUCGGAGACACAUUUAUAAGAGCUUCUGUAGGUGAAUAUUGAAAAAGACUUACAGAAACAUGAAGUAUUGUGUGUUGAGAGUUGAGAGAUGCAAGACUUCAGGCCUUAGAGAAGGGACAGAGCAAGUGUGCCCAUAAAGCAGGUGAGGGUCUUAACGAAAAGCAUUUGAUUCUUCUGAGGGCCUUUUAUUUUAUGAAACUAUAUGUGUAAAACAAAACCUUUCGGAUGAUGGGGAUCAGAAAGGCUUUCAGAAACUGGUCUGAAUUGGACUUUUCAGAAGUUUUGGAGUGGCUAUUACUUUCUUUCUGAUUUGAGUCUUCCAUUUGCUGAGCUGUCCUCAAAUACUGAUUCUGAUCAGUGUGUACAAUCAUGGCAUAGUCCCCAGCCUCACAGUCAAAAUGGCCAGGCACAACUGAGCAUUCUUGUAUCCAAAUGUUGUGAUUAUCUGCAUUUAAAUAAAAUGUUUACUGAAUGUUUGUUACUGGCAGAUUCUGAUUUUUACCAGUGUACUGUUUUUUGUAAUCACUCCUUGAUGGAAUAAAAAAAUUUGCAUCCUG